AUGAGUGAUAAAGUAUUAUUUCUAUCAUCAGCUAUGUCAAAUAAACAUGAACGAAUACAAGAAAUAAAAUAUAAUAUUAAUCAAUUAUUAUCAGAAUUACGUAUGAUUGAACCAAACAAUAGUUAUUUAGAAAAUUUUCAAUCAUUUAAUAUAACAUUAAAUUCAUCAUCAACGAUAAUAACAAAUGAAAAAUGUUUAUUAAAUAAUCAAUGUCCAUAUUUAUUUCGUAAACAAACUAAAUUACAUUCGACAACAUAUGAUGAAUAUAGAAAAAUUUGUAAAAGAAAAAAACAUUUAAUAUUAUCACCAAAAAAAAGUCUUUUUAUUACAUCAACAUGUGUAACAAGUACACCAAAAAAUUCUCCUAAUCAAAAUAUAUUACUUAAACCCAAUCUGACAUCAACACCACGUCGAAAUAAACGGCAAUCAAAAAACAUUAUUCCACUUAAACGUCUUCUUUAUAAUAAUAAUGAUAAAUUUUCUAAUCGGCAACGACAUUCAAUUAAACGAUCAAUUCUUCCACGUUGUAGUCAUUUAAAUCCAAUUGAUGAAAAUCCACAAUGGAUAUAA